UCACCCACCUGAUGAAGCGUAUUCAGAGGGGACCCGUCCGAGGCAUCUCCAUCAAACUGCAGGAGGAGGAGAGGGAGAGGAGGGACAACUAUGUCCCCGAGGUCUCUGCCCUCGACCAGGAGAUCAUCGAAGUGGACCCGGACACCAAGGAAAUGCUGAAGCUCCUGGACUUCGGCAGCCUGUCCAACCUGCAGGUGACACAGCCCACAGUGGGGAUGAACUUCAAAACGCCCCGAGGAGCGCUCUGAGUCAGUCGCUGUAUGUCACUUUUCCAAUAAACGUGGGGAAACCA